UAUUUGCCAAUUAUGAUGGUGAGAAGGAAACACAAUGGGCAGAGCUGCAGAUUUGCAAGAGGUAUAUUCUGCAGUUCCCUAAUGAACCCAGGGAACCCUCCACCGUAUUCGGGCCCUGGUCCGACGGCCCCGUACCCACCUUAUCCACAACCACCAAUGGGGCCUGAAGCCUACCCUCCAGGACCUAUGGGAGGACCUUACCCCCCUCCUCAGGGGUACCCCUACCAAGGAUACCCACAGUAUGGCUGGCAAGGCGGACCUCAGGAGCCUCCUAAAACCACAGUGUACGUGGUAGAAGACCAAAGAAGGGAUGACCUGGGCACAUCCUCCUGCCUCACAGCCUGCUGGACUGCUCUCUGUUGUUGCUGUCUCUGGGACAUGCUCACCUGACCGGCCUGUCCCUGCUGUCCUGCCAGCUCUUCUGCCACCUCCAACAGGUGUGCCUGCCCCAUCUCUUCUGAUUGACUAGCUCUGCACAGACACUUCUACCUUCAACACAGUGGGAUUCUAGAUUCUGAUGUUUAAUCCAGUGACUUUAUCUUUCUAAUGUUCAAAAUUCAUUUCCUAUUGGCCUUUCACAAAUGUGCUAAAUGACUUCCCUUUUAUUUUUUUUGGCCAAAGGCUUAGUUAUGAAAUAUAUAUUUAUAAUUUUUAAAGUAUACAAUUUAAGGUGGUGGCAUAAUGUAACAUAUCACUGAAUGAUUUCUUUGCUAACACCCUGUAUGUUUCAAUAAAUUUGUCUAAACUUCAA